UGCGCGCACGGCUGCGUGCCCACCAAGGCGGGCCACAAGUGCACGUGCGACGACGGGUACCGCCUCGCUGACGACGGCUUCAGCUGCAAGAGCACGGACGGCAGCACGGCGCUGCUGGUGUUCAGCAACCGGCACGAGGUGCGCGCCGUGGAGCUGCCGGCGCUGACGGCGCGCCCGCUCGUCUCCGCGCUCAAGAACACCAUCGCGCUGGACUGGCGCCGCGAGCCCGGCGGCGCGCUGCAGCUGUACUGGACCGACGUCGUGGACGACGCCAUCUACCGCGGCUCCAUCGUCGGCAACGCGCUGAGCGGCAUCGAGGCGGUGGUGCGGCAGGGCCUGUCCACGGCCGAGGGGCUGGCGGUGGACUGGGUGGCCGGCAACCUCUACUGGGUCGAGAGCAGUCUGCACCAGAUCGAGGUGGCGCGGCUGGACGGGCAGUACCGGCGCACGCUGCUGGCGGGCGACAUGGACAGCCCGCGCGCCCUGGCGGCCGACCCGCGCGACGGGUACUUGUUCUGGAGCGACUGGGAGCAGGCGGCGCCGCGCAUCGAGCGCGCCUCGCUGGCCGGGCGCGCGCGCCGCGUGCUGGUGCGCGCGGACGUGCUGGGCGACGGCGCCUGGCCCAACGGCAUCUCGCUGGACUACCGCGCGCGCCGCGUGUACUGGGUGGACGCGCGCUCCGACUCCAUCCACUGCGCCGACUACGAGGGCGCCGACCACCGCGUGGUGCUGCGCGCGCACCCCGCGCUGGCGCACCCCUUCGCCGUGGUGGUGUUCGAGGCGCACGUGUACUGGACGGACUGGCGCUCCAACAGCGUGCUGCGCGCCGACAAGUGGCGCGGCGCCAACGUCACCGUGGUGCAGCGCACGCUCACGCAGCCCUUCGACGUCAAGGUGCUGCACGCGCGCCGCCAGCCGGCCGCCGCGCGCAACCCCUGCGCCGCCAACGGGGGCUGCUCGCACCUGUGUCUCAUCCACUCGCCCGCGGAGCGCCACUGCGCCUGCCCGCACCUCAUGCGGCUGCGGCCCGACGGCGCCACCUGCGAGCCGCACGAGAAGGUGCUGCUGAUAGCGCGCGCCGGCGAGAUCCGCGGCGUGGACCUGGACGCGCCGCUGGAGCACGUGCCGAUGCAAAUCCGCCUGGAGUGCCAGACCAUCGUCAGGAGUUGA